AUCGACAAGUACGAGGCUAGCCCACUGGUGGACGGAUGACGGCACUGUGGUCGAAGGAAAACUCUGCAAAAUCCGGCAAUGCAAAGGCGAAGUCUGCUGAGUUUGAAAAGUUCUUGGAGGACAAAAAAUCGCAGCCGCCGUUCGCAGCCGUACACCUUGGAUGCUGAGUCAGAGCAGGCUGGCGUGCAGUGUGGCCGAGUUCCUGGCGUCUGAGAUUCUCAUACUCCGACCUGCAGCCAUCCCGCUUCCAUCGGCUCUCGAUAUGCAGGCGGCCGCCAAGCCUGUGCGCUCUGCAGCCACUGCGGCGUCUGGAUCGGCGGUCUCGACGGCCGAGGAUUACUCGCCUGACACGAUCGCGUACCGGUGCUUCCUGAUCCAGUGCCUGGCCGAAAUGGUCGCGUCCUUCCCGUUCACCCUGCAAGCAAUAUUUGUGGCACGAACCAGCCACCUUUUGUCAGCCCAGAUGCCCCGCACAAAGGACUCAUCUAAGGGCAAGAUGCGUGCCUCGACGACAGCCCCGGCCUCCGCUGGUGCUUCGGCUGAGAACUCGGCGCAGCAGCCGGCGCUGCGUGUGCGGUCGCCGCUGAUCAGUCAUCUUGUGCACGACCUAGUUGUGCGGGAGGCGCUCAACAGCAUCAAGCCAACAAAGCCGCGCGCGCGUGCUGAUUUGUCUGCCACGGGCACCGAGGAGGAGCAGGCGCUGGCUAUCACCAACCAGCAGAUCACAGCCAAGCGUGGGCAGCUGUCACGGUGUGUGACGUUCUGGGCCACGGCAUUGCUGAGCACGAUCUGUGUCCGGCACCACGAGGGCUGGACCACGACUACCUGCGCCAACCCGCGUGUGGCGGGCAAUGACGAUUUCACAGUCGAGUCCCUUCGUGGCAACUACGACGCAGCACUGUCUGCUGCGCGGCAGCUGGUGCUGGACCAUAUUGUGCGCGCCUUCCGCGAAUGCCUGUCAAUGCGUAUGACGGGCAUUGGCGGGGCAGAUGUUGUCUAUGCUCGUCUGACAUCCUUGGCCCAGCUCACAUACAAGCUGGUCAUUGCGCGCUCAAUCAACCACGGGGUUCCUGGAAGCGCUCGCACGUCUGGCACGAAUAGCAACGGCGAGAGUGUUAGCUUUGAGCGCGAGAGCGCCAAUGCGCUGAAGAAGAUGAUUCUGGAGCGUGGCAUUCCUCGACCUGCUGACUGCUGCCAGCAGCCGGCUGAAUCUCAAUUACCCACAGAGCCGCGAGAUGCUCAACAACUUCCUGCGGCCCAUCGAGCUCCUUUCCAAGGCAGCGCGACAUUGACACCGAGGAUGAGGAGAUGGUCGAUGACAUUGUGCUUGACCAGAGCAUCACCGACGAGGUCCAUGACGUCGGUGGCAACAGCGAUCUGGACAUGGAGAUGGACACGAUCAUGCGUGAGGGUGGGGAUGACGAGGAUGACGAUGACGACGGCGACAUCGACGACGACGAUGAUAACGGCAGCAUUGACAGCGACGACAUUGAUGAAAUCAUUGACGGUGAUAUUGACGAGAGUGCUGUUACUCCUGGCGAAGCCAUUGGUCUGGCGCUUGAAGACGACGAGGGCGGGUUGUUUGGCAGCGAGUUUGAUGCCGAGAUUGUUGAGACCGACAUUGACGAUCUUGAGGACGACGACCCUGAUGGUCACCACCACCACCAUCACCACCACCAUCAUCACCACCACCAUCCACCAUCAUGACGGCGAUGAUGACGACGGCUGGGAAAGUAAUUUGUCAGAGGGCGAGCUUGAGGACUUGGCCGAAAUUCAUCGUCUGAUGCGCCACCAAAGCGGCCAUCGUCACCGGGGUGCUGUUGUUGGCGGCCGUGGACGCACACUUGGCGAGAAUUUGAUGUCUAUCGUCAACAGCAGCAACAUCGAAGAGUUUGAGCAUGCGCUUGAGCACCAUGACGACGAUGACCAUGACGGGGAUGAUCGCAUGGAAGGACACGGUGCGAUUGGUGCACAGCCUUUCAUUGGCGACACGCUGAACCUCGACGCCAGGGCCGACCUCGGUGGCGCCAGCGGCGGGGAUGGCAACGGCAGCAGCAGCUCGGGCUCCAGUGGUUCUGGCAACGACGACGACGAGGACGGCGAUGAGGACGAUGAGGACGAAGAUGCAGACUCUUUCCUCGACGACCUCCCCAACACGUUUGAGAUCACGAUGGAGUCGAUUGACGGACAGCCGCUGCCUUCUGGUGUGGCCAACAGCACGGAUUUCGCCAACUUUUUGUCGCGCACGAUCCGUGGGCAUCUGGCAAACAACCGCGACCUGGCCAACGACCCCAUCGAGGGGCUGAUGCAGAUAGGCAGCGGGGUGUCGAAUCUGGCGCGGUCGCUAGGAAGCCUGGGAGCUGCUAGCAGCGGAGGAUUGGGCCCGGGUCAUCUGUUCCCGCCACUUGGAUCCAGCCUGCUUGAUAUGCCGUUCCCGCGGCUGACGUCGCUGGGCCGUGCGAAUCAUGGGGGUGGUGCGCUGGGCGGUGCUACCGGACACAACAUGAGCCACCCAAUGAUAGAUCCCGGCGAGCGUACGGACCGUAUGGCUGGGGCAGACCGCGGGCUGCAGGCGCGUGCAGACCGUAUCACACGCAACAUGAUGGGAGGUCCACUGCGCACAGCGCCUGACGAUGUGUACAACCUGGGCCAGCGGCUGACGUCGCAGCUGUCCCAGAUGCUGUCGAGCGGACGGCGCCCAGUCCAUAGUGACCCGCGGAUUCUAGGCGCCAGCAACCAGCCGGUGCCAUCGGCUCUGGCUGAGGAGGACUCUGCGGCAGCCAAGGACGACACAGUGGUUAAUGCGCUUGGUGACACCAGCUCGAAGCUAGUCUGCGCACUGCAAGAGCUGAUGCAGCUGAGCCGCGCAAUCGCAGCAAUCGAGGGAUACACUCCGCAGAGCACGAUCGAGCGGUGGCAAGAGGAGGCGCGGAUGCUGCUCAGCGGGCCCGCAUCUGGGCUGACGCCGCGGCUUAUGAACGCCCUGCUGAACAGGCUGAUACCCGAGGCCAUCCAGCAGAACCUGCUGCGGCGCAGGUACCAGAUUGAGAUUGCGCGCAGGGACAAUAUAAUCGACCGCCGACGCAUGGAGCGCGAGGAUGCGGAUCGCAAGCGGAGAGAGGAGGAGGCGCGUGCGGCAGAGGAGCUGCGGCUGGAGGAGCAGGCCAAGCGGGCCGAGGAGCAGGCGGAGGAGGAGCGGGAGAUGGAGGCCAAAGAUGAGGCGGAGGUUCCGGCAAAGGGUACCGACACCAUGUCGUUGGAUGAGCCGGCAGAGCAGCAGGAGUCGGGCCAGGCGGCAGAACAGCAGCAGCCUGAGCCCGCGAGCGAGCCGGUGUUUGUCACAGUCAACGGACAGCGCGUGGACAUCACCGAUACUGGAAUUGACCCAGAGUUCCUGCUGGCCCUCCCCGACGAUCUGCGUAUGGAGGUGAUUGAGGACCGUCGCGAGGAGAUGAACGCGGAGAGUCGCAACAACAGCACCGGCGCUGCUGGCGCUAGCGGAGGGGCUGCGGGUGGCGCUGCAUCUGCUGGUGGCAAUGAGGAAAACGAUGGGAUCAGCCAAGAAUUCCUGGAUGCUUUGCCGCCUGAGAUCCGCCAGGAGGUGCUGGACCAGCAGCGGCUGCAGCGGCAGCUGUAUGAGCGCGAGGAGCUCAUGCGGCAGCGGAUGACGCGCACGCCGCAGGCAGCUGGCGAGGGAGGCAGUGAGCGCGGUGGUGGCUCGUCAUCGGCAGCCACACCGGCGAGCCAGCACCCGGCCACGGCAGCAGCUCUGGCACGGGUCGGCCUCAGCACUGGUUCUCGAGGAUCGCGGUUCCGUGUGCAGCACCUGGACUCGCUGGCACGGCUUGGGCGCAGCGGCAAUGCGUCCAGCAGCCACGCAGAGCCGUCGGGCGAAGCACAGCGUUUGCGUGAGCGACGCCGCAAGAAGAUAGCGGCGCGGGACAUCACAGUGCAGCUGCUGGGCAAGCCCGAGCUGGCGGCGCUGACGAGGUUCAUUUUCCUGCCGAACCACGGGCUGUCAAACACACUGAUCAUGAAGGUCAUGCAGUACCUGUGCGAGAACGGUGCUACCCGGGCGCAGUUUAUCCAGCUGAUGCUGUCGAUUUUAGGUGGCUGUGCGCUGACACUGGCCGAUGUUGACAAGGUCAUUCAGUUGGCGAUCAUGUCGGGCUCAGAAGCUGGUGCUGCCGAGGCACCGAGCGGCCGGACGCUGCCGCGCACAGGCAGCACCAUCAGCGAGCACCAGCCAGCCGGUGGAACCUCCUCAGCGGUGCUGGGGACCCCGGCCGUGGCCCAGUUCACAGCCGGUCUGGUGCAGCAGCAGAACCCCGAGUAUGCGUUCCCGCUUGGUGAUCUGCAUGCGGACGUACCGGCAUAUGUGCCUGCCCAGCGGUGUCUCGAUAUGCUGCACAGUCUUGCAGCGCAUAACCCGCGGGCGUCGAUGCACUUUUUGGUCGAGCAUCCGCUGACGGCCAAGGUAGCAGUUGCAGGGGACGAGGAGAGCCGGUUCCCACUGGUUCAUCUGCUGCUGCUGCUGGAGAAGCCGCUGUUCUACAGCCACGGCAACACGGUGACGGAGCUGCUGAUGCAGCUGCUGGCCACAAUCACGAAGCCGCUGGGCAGCAUGGUUAAGCGGCAGCAACAGCAACACAGCAGCAGCAGCAGCAGCAGGACGAGUCACACGAGUCAGGCAGCAAGAAGCCGGCAUGCCUACCGCUGCCGGUGAUCCCUGCACAUGCGCUGCGGGCCAUCGUCAAUGUGCUGGCGGCGGGCGAGUGUACAUCGCGCACGUUCCAGCACACGCUGAGCCUGAUCCAGAACCUGUCGCAUAUGCCUGGCGUGCUGUCUGAGAUCAUCAGCGAGCUGAUCACCCGGGCCUCCUUGCUCUCGUCCAGCGUAUGCGAGGAUAUCGGCCAGCUGCUGCCGCUGCUGCAG